CCUCCCACAAGCCGGCGGUUGCGGUGGUGACGGGAGGGUCCUGCAGCCUUGGGCUGCUUUUAGUGACGCAACGUCAGCGCAAAGAGGAGAAGUCAUGUCCGCUCCGGGGCCUCCAGCCGCCCAGCACAACGGCCCAGCGCAGCCUCGGCCUCCUCAUGGCUACAGGCUUUAUCCAUCAGCCGUCAGCGCUCCUCCAGCGUUCUGCUCCCAAGUGCCGAGUAAAGUUACUCCUUCCCACACGGACCACCAGUAUGAGUUUGAUUAUCACUCGAUAAACUAUGCAGCCCCACCAUUACCACAGAACCCUAAUAUUCCACCUCUCCCGACCAAUCAUUUGCAUUCAAACCAAGGUCCCCACCAGUUCAGUCAUGGACGUUCUCAAAGUGAUCACGUUCCAGCAUCCCAGCAUCAAACCGUAGCUCCCCCUGUACGACCAUAUCCGCCAUUUACUGGUGACUACAGUUAUUCUGCCACCUCAUCCUUACCUCCUCAGGGAUUAGCCAGUCAUUCCAGCCACUAUUCUGCACCUCUGAUGUCUGGUCAUAUGUAUCAAGGCGCACCAUACUCCUCCAUGCCUGCAAGCAGUCAGUACGGACAUGGGACAUCUGCCUAUGGCACUAACAAUGCACAGAGACUGCCGACUGCUCCUCCUCACUUGCUUCAUCAAGAUUUGCGCAGCUUAAGUGCGCCGCCUGUCCCAGUCGCUGGUCCACAAAGAGCUCAUGAUGGCCUUGGGCAGAACCAAGCCGUACCCUUGGCUACACACCAUCAACAACCCAGUGCAGGGUCACCUGCAUUUGCAGGACAGACAUCAGAUAUAGGACGACCUAGUCCAGCUGUAUCCGCUUCUAACUCAGUUGCAACCUAUCCCCCUUCUGGAAACCAGUCUUCGGGGUCCCCGUCUCCGCUGGCUUCUGCGCAUAAACCUCAACCGUCCGUACAGCAAGGCAUGCAGUAUGAUGGAUAUGUCAAUAAUCAAGCUAACUUUGCACCGACUCCCUUGUCAUCCAGCUCAGAUGAUGAGGAAGAGGAGGAGGAUGAUGAGGAAGCAGGCAUUGAUGAAAGUUCCUCCACCACCAGCAGUGCAUCAUCCGAGCCAAGAAAUUUUGACGUGUUGGAAGGAGGAGGAUACACAGAGACUCCUGCAGCAGCAAACAUCCAGCCUCCCGUUAAUUCUGCAUCUAGACUAUCCAAACCAUUUGGUCAUGGAUACCCAGCUCUCCAGCCAGGGUAUCAGAAUGCAGCAAGUCCCCACAGCUCCCAGUCAAGUACUCCUGUUCAUCAGCCGAACUAUCCACAGUAUGCUCCUCAAUACGGUGGCAUGAAUCAAUUACCAGCUUCCCUAGCAGGAUUAAGUCUACAGCAAGCCCAGCAGCCAGAGAGUCUCCGACCUGUGAACCUUAUACAGGACCGUAAUGUUCUUCCUGUGUCGUCUUUGCCACCUCCAGCUCCAAAUCUCAAUGCAGACCUUAAAAAACUAAACUGCAAUUCAGAGUUUUUUAGGUGCACCCUCACAAAUAUUCCACAGACUCAAGCUCUUUUGAACAAAGCAAAGCUCCCCCUUGGAUUACUACUUCAUCCUUUUAAAAGCAAGCCGCGUAUCCCCACUAUAUCCCCAAGCUCCAUUGUGCGAUGCAGGAGCUGCAGGACAUACAUCAAUCCCUUUGUAUCUUUUAUUGACCAGAGAAGGUGGAAGUGUAAUCUUUGUUACAGGGUGAACGAUGUUCCAGAAGAGUUUAUGUACAAUCCAGUCACUCGAUCCUAUGGGGAGCCACAUAAACGACCUGAGGUGCUGAACUCUUCAGUGGAAUUCACUGCUUCAUCGGAUUACAUGCUUCGUCCUCCACCUCCAGCAGUUUAUCUGUUUGUUCUGGAUGUAUCAUACAAUGCUGUCGAGUCGGGAUAUCUCCAGUGUUUCUCGCAGUCACUUUUGGAUAAUCUAGACAAGUUACGUGGAGAUUCAAGAACAAAGAUUGGCUUCAUAACAUUUGAUAGCACUGUGCAUUUCUACAACUUACAGGAAGGUCUUUCUCAGCCACAGAUGCUGAUUGUGUCUGAUGUAGACGAAAUAUUCUUGCCUACACCUGAUGGCUUACUUGUAAAUCUUCAUGACAGCUUGGAGCUGAUCAAGGAUCUGUUGACUGCCUUACCGGGAAUGUUUACCAGCACAAGGGAAACGCACACUGCCCUGGGUCCUGCUCUUCAAGGGGCGUGCAAACUGAUGUCUCCCACGGGAGGACGGAUAUCAGUAUUUCAGACUCAGCUACCAUCUGUAGGAGCUGGACUUUUACAGUCUAGAGAAGAUCCCAACCAAAGAUCCAGCUUAAAGGGAAUACAGCAUUUGGGCCCCGCCACUGAUUUCUAUAAAAAGUUGGCAUUGGAUUGCUCCGGACAUCAAACGGCUGUGGAUUUGUUUCUUUUAAGUUCUCAGUAUUCUGAUUUGGCGUCGCUAGCUUGUGUUUCAAAGUACUCUGCUGGCUGCAUCUAUUACUAUCCAUCCUUCCAUCAAAAGCACAAUCCAGCUCAGGCUGAGAAAUUAAAGCAAGAUCUGGAUCAUUAUCUUACUAGAAAGAUUGGUUUUGAAGCAGUCAUGAGAAUCCGCUGUACAAAAGGCCUCUCAAUACAUACGUUUCAUGGGAAUUUUUUUGUGCGAUCAACGGACCUGUUAUCACUUGCCAAUAUUACGGAGGACGCUGGAUUUGCAGUACACAUGUCCUUAGAAGAAAGCCUGACGGACUCCUCCUUGGCAUGCUGUCAGGUGGCCCUCCUUUACACUUCUAGCAAAGGUCAGCGGAGGAUACGUGUGCACACCUUGUGCUUGCCUGUGGUAAAUUCACUACCUGAUGUGUUCGCAGGAGCAGAUGUUCAGGCUAUUACUUGCCUGUUGGCAAACAUGGCUGUAGACCGAUCCAUUACUUCCAGUCUUUCUGAUGCGAGAGAUGCCUUGGUGAACGCAGUGGUGGAUUCCCUGUCCUCCUACAGGUCAACACUUUCAAAUCUACAACAAUCCACUCUCAUUGCACCCAGCGCUCUCAAGCUUUUCCCUCUAUAUAUUUUGGCUCUUCUGAAGCAGAAAGCCUUCAGGACUGGCACCUGCACACGUCUGGACGAUCGUGUUUUUGCAAUGUGCCAGAUAAAAUCUCUGCCGUUGCCUCAUCUGAUGAAAAUUAUUCACCCAAGCCUCUACCGAAUAGACAGGCUUACUGAUGAGGGGGCGAUUCUGGUUAAUGACUUGGUUGUUCCACAGCCACGUCUUCAGCACUUAUCUGCCGAGAAACUUGAGCGGGAUGGCGCUUUUCUUAUGGAUGCUGCUUCAUCACUUUACCUCUGGGUUGGAAGAAACUGUGAUACCAAUUUUUUAAAGGAUGUCCUAGGAUUCCCUAACUAUGCAUCUGUGCCCCAAAAAAUGACCCAGCUUCUGGAGUUGGACAAUGUGGUAUCAGAAAGAACACACAAUUUUAUUUCAUGGCUUAAGCAGGACAGUCCAUUAAACCCUGUUUUAUAUGUGUUGAAGGACGACAGUGCUGGGAAGACUGAAUUCUUUCAACAUUUAAUUGAAGACCGUUCAGAGGCUGCAUUCUCAUACUAUGAAUUUUUACUUCACAUUCAGCAACAAAUAUGCAAGUGAUAAGGAUAUGAAAAGCAGUCUUUAUCUUGAAAAAGUAGCUCUACUUAAUACCGAGCGUCCCGGCCUUUGGUGUAUAUUAAUUCUGUUUCUUAUAAAUAGGCCACACCAAAGUCCUUCUUUUUUUUGUACGGUUUCUAGGCUGUUGUGAAUUGGCAUCACGGUCUCUGUUUUCGGCAGAGUUUUGUGUGUUGGGUUGUGUGGCAUUUUGGUGCAGUGUUUUUUAUUUUAUGUGAUGAAUGACUUAUACAUUUACAUUUGGCAACUGUUUUUCUCUAAAUCUAUUUUUCCGGAUAUGAACAGACGCCAAAGACCAGUGUUACAGUGUUUACUACAAUUUGAGAAACUUAUAUGAUCUUUUGGCAUCCUUGACUGGGAACAUAAGACUUGGCAUAUAUCUCUAUAGAACGAAGCUGUAUCAUGUAUAUAGAAAAGAAUUUGUAAAAUGUAAAAAUGUAACUAAGAAAAUGACUUGCUGAAGUGUGACACAUUGAUGAAUGUAGAGCCCUUCUACAAAUACAUUUAUCCCAGAUAAAAAAAAAAAAAGUUUACAAUAAUUCUGUGGACUUAUUUAUGACUGAUGUACUAAUUAAACAUAUUUUGCUUGACCAUGUGUUUUAUACUUAUGCAAGUGAUAUCUAUUUUAGAGACCAACAUUAAAAGUUUUAGACCCUUGAUUUAUUGGAAAUGUUAUUAAACCCUUUUAUUUCUCUGAAUAC